AUGUUGCAACAGUGGUGGAGAAGCCGUGUUUUUUUUUUUUUUUUUUUUUUGAACAUUUACAAGGCCGUGUUUGGUGCGGAGGAGACUGGACACUCUCUCUACCCUAAGCGUAAGGCUAACCAAGAGCUCCCUCACGUACUCUCUGCCGAGCUCAAGCUCGCUGGCAUUACCGUCGUUGUUUCGGACGUCUCCGUUAACUCUGGCUCUACUACGAACAAGGGGACUAUGCCUGCAAUCUUCGAAACUGAUGACGUGGAAGCUGCCGUUGCGAAAGCCGUAGCCGCCAGAGCUGUCAAAGUGGAGGAGGAGGUUGAAGGUGAAGAAGGGGGAGGAGUAAAGGGAAAAGUGACGGAUCCCUUCGGUUUCACAUGGAUCUUUGUUUCUUCGGCGAAGAAGUGUGAGAACGACAAAACUAAAGAGGUCUAA